AAACGAUUCCCUCUUUAUACAAGUGCGAUAUCUCAAGCCGCGCGUGUGUUGGAGAUUGUGGAUCUCAUAUCCAACAACUGAGGGGAAUCUCGGAAAGGUCCCUAUUAGCUCUCCGUUUUUCGGCUCACGUCAUUGGGUAUACCAGUCUCUUCAUUCGCGCACUUCAAAAUCCGUAAAAGAGUAUACAUUUUCACGAAAACUCGCAGCUUUAUUUCGGGAUUAUACUCAUGCUCAAGUCGAAUGGCGGGGCUCACAAACUACAUCGCCUUCGUGGACCCAGAGACGGGCCUCGACCGGAUUGGACACCUAGAUAUAGAGCAAGACACAAUCCAGCCUCUAAGCUUCCAUUCGGGAACUCCAGUAAAGAACCUCUAUCAGGUAAUCGAAGUCGGGUCUCGUAAUGUGAUAACCAACGCAGGAUCCGCGAUCCCAGUCUCUUCAGUCAAGAUCCUACCACCACUGUCAGGCCGUGAUGUCCUUGCCGUGGGUAAGAAUUACACGGAGCACGCGAAGGAGUUCAACAGCUCGGGCUACGACAGUUCGGACAAGGUAGAUCUGCCUAGCCAUCCCGUGAUAUUCACGAAGAGGGCGACUUCAAUCAUUGCGCAUGGCGAGGAGAUCCAGCUCCACGAGGAUUUCACCUCGACGGCGGAUUACGAGGGUGAGAUCGGUGUCAUCAUCGGGAAGGCAGGACUCCGCAUCGAGCAGGAGAAAGCGUGGGAGUAUGUCUGGGGCUACACCAUCAUCAACGACAUGACUGCGCGAGAGAAGCAGCGGGACCACAAACAGUUUUUUCUCGGCAAGUCUGCUGAUACGUAUUGUCCCAUGGGCCCCAUAGCAGUGCCAAAAGAGGCACUUCCGCAGACCCUGCGAGUGCAGACACACGUAAACGGUGAGCCUCGCCAGGACGCAACGACAUCGGACCUUAUUUUCCCGAUCCCGCAGCUUCUCGCAGUGAUUUCACAGGGACAGACUCUGCAACCAGGCGACGUCCUAGCCACAGGGACACCAGCAGGCGUAGGUAUCGGGAAACAGCCGCCAGUCUUCCUCAAAGCAGGAGAUGAGAUAUCCAUUUCCGUGACCGGUCUCAGCACGCUCCGGAACAGGAUCUCGCAGCGAGCGACGAGCAAUAUCUCUAGAUUUCGCUCAUCUCCUCCUUCAGCCUUCGAGUUGACAAACAGCGCCAGAACAGCUGGUGCCACCAACCUAACUGAUAUGAUUAACGGUAAACCAAUGUCAUAUCAAAAGCGCGGAUCGGGGAGCGAUGAGAACAUGAUCUUCGUUCACGGUCUGGGCGGCACAAAAGAGUACUGGACACCACUCAUCUCAACUCUCUCUCUGUCCGACCUUGCAAACCUACAUCUCUACGACCUCGAAGGCCACGGUCUAAGUCCCACACACCCACUAAGCCAAAUCACCAUCGACUCGCUGGCGGUCGAUCUCUCUGCCAUAUCUCGCGUGGCCGGUAUUUGGCCUUCGCGGCCCGCAACAUUCUUCGCUCAUUCCAUGGGUUGUCUAAUCGCUCUAAAAUUCACGCUCGACAACCCAGGUCUCGUGAAACGGCUGAUACUCCUCGGCCCGCCGCCUCUCGCCAUACCCAAGACAAUGCGCAACAUAUUCCACUCUCGCGCGGCGCAGGUACGGAAAAAGGGGAUGUCGGGCAUCGUGGAUGACGUUAUAAGCAGAGGAUUUUCUCUAUCUUCUCUCGCGCAUGAUCCCAUCGGCGUCGCAGCCGCUCGUCUAAGUCUAAUAGGCCAGGAUCCCGAGGGCUACGCGAAAGGGUGUCAAGCGCUCGCAGACGCCCCAAAUUUAAAUGUAGAAGAUCUCCAGAAACUAGAUGUGUCAGUCACAUUGAUCAUCACCGGCCAGGACGAUACAUAUUCGACGCCUGCGGUCUGUCAAGUGUACAAAGAAAUGAUCCGCAAUUCGCGUGUAGAAACUUUAGAUAAUGUCGGGCAUUGGCAUAUCUUCGAGGAUGCAGUUGGUAUUGCUGCAGUGGUCAAACAGGUGCUGGCAGAAUAAGUUGGAUAAGGAAAAGGGGUACCUUGGAAUGUGCAUGGGCGCAUACAUGAGAGAUUUGAUAUACACACGAUUGCACGACGUCGCAAAACGCUGGUCUGAAAUAUAUUUUCUUCCUAACUGAUCAUAGAAUACAUACCUAUAUAAAAUAGAAAGAAAAGUUAAAAGCA